CAAUAGAAAAAACCUCACAAAAUUUCAAAACACCAUGGCCGACAUAAUAACAAGAAGAGAAUCGGCAAAGCGCAAAGCUAACCGUUUUUUGAUCAACACAGCAACGUUGAUGACAAUGAUGGUGAAGAGAGCAAGUCGAUUUACGUUGAAACUGAAGGCGGCGCCACCGGCAACUAAUGAUCAGAACCGGAAAACUACUGUAAAGUCGUCGACAACGAAGAAAUUGCUGAAAAACAUAACGAAUAAAACGAUGCCGUUUAUUGAAAAGAUGAAGAAGAAAAAGAAAGGGAAAGAAGAUUGGGGAGAUGGUGGAGUUUGGCAAAAAGCGAUCAUGAUGGGUGAUAAAUGUGAGCCGUUGGAUUUCUCCGGCGUAAUUUAUUAUGAUAGUAAAGGCGAACAGGUGAAUGAAUACCCUCUCAGAACACCCACUGCAUCUCAGUCUCAUGCUUCCUGAUUUCGUUUUGUUUUUUUUGGAUUUUCAGUCGAUUUUUAUAAUAUGUAUGUCUUUUUUUCUUGAAGUUUUUUUUUUUUUUUUUGUAUAUAUUGUUUGUGGAAGUUUGAGUUUUUUUUUUACAAAAAUAAGUUUACAUGAGUCGAGUCCAUGAGUCGAGUCCCCUCUAAGAGAGGGAAACCCUCAAACUUUAUAAUUAAGGUUACAAAGUCUUUAAUUGGUUGUGAGAUUUGAGCUAUCAA